CUCUACGAGACAUCUUUUUAGGUUGUAGUUCGAGACUUACUUUCUGUUAAGUUAAAAAAUUGUUGUUUUCUUUGUUUUUAGAAAAUUGCUUCUAAAUUGUUUUUGCGACUGAUUUUUCUAAUUCUAGACCUAUUUAAUAUAUAUUGUCCUAAUCACUUAAUAUAAAAUAUGCCAAAUCAUGAUUUAUUUCAGUCAAUUUACCUGUUUACAUGUCACAAGGAAUUUCUAAUAAGGUAAUAUUGGUAAUUAGGAUGAAAAUAUUAUAUGUGUUUAAGGUUUUAUAGCUUUCUCCUCUUCUGUUAAUUCUGUAUCUUUCCAGUUUUUUAAAGGAAUUAUUUUUAAUAAGGGUUAAGGUUUUUAGUUAUUAUUGGGGUUAUUAUUAUUGUUUGGGUUUUGGUUUGUUAUAUCAUUUGGAUUAUUGUCGUUUGAGUCAGGUUAGUUGUUAUUUUCUGAAUCAUCUUGGGAUUAGAAAAAAUUUAUUUAUUGACUUGUUGUUGAAAAAAAGGAUUUAGGUUAAUAAAUAGAAGAGUUGAUGUUUAUUUAUUUUGAUAUAAGAUUUAUUUGUAAUUUUUAGUUAAAUUUAUUAAGAAGGCUUGUUGUUUUUUUUAAGUU